CUAAAAUGUUCUCUAUCUGCUCUCUUGGUCUCCAUCCUCUGGCAACAUCGAAAGAACUCGGCGCCGGAGAGGCUUCCCUUAUCCUCCAAAGCGUUGAUGCGGCGGUACGGUGCGGUGCCGUAAGCUGUCAAAGAAACCCAUCACUGUCGUAGAAGAGAUUGCACGGUUCCCUAAAAGAUUCGACACCGUUUCUUAAAAAUUAUACGUUCUAAAAGCUGCUUAGCAUAUGUGAGAAAAUGUGGAAAACUAUUUUUCAUCGGCUUGUUAUUAUCAGGCACUACUCUAGGAUCUCUCCUCCGCCACCCGCUUAUGCUGAAUCAGUAAUCCGGGUAUCCAACAACAUUGCCAAGUUGGGUGGACCAAAAGAGGGUCCGAAGCCUCGGCAACUCCUGUCUUUGCCUCCAUUUCCUAGUCACCCCUUGCCCGUAAAGAAUUCGGCCAGCGGUCAACCUGGUCGCGUCACUGCUAUCAGCUGGGUCAAGUAUUAUUUUGAUGAGAUCCCCGGCUCUGCAAUUUCGUGUCAUUUCAACAAAGGCCUUGUCCAGAUGGAAUGCCCAUGUUCGAAAGACUCAUAUGUUGACGAGGAAGGACAAAUGAAACCGAUGAGAAAGAUCAAACAUAAUGAGGUCAUGGAGGCCGGGGCAAGAGUUUAUAUACCUGUAUCGGUUGCUGAGACGAGGAUUUCUAAGAGAUUUGACACUAUACCAAGUGGGACACUAUAUCCAAAUGCGGACGAGAUACAGUACUUGCAAAGGCUUGUCAAGUACAAGGACUAUGCUAUAAUUGUGCUAAACAAGCCCCCGAAACUUCCAGUUAAGGGGAAUCUGCCAGUUCAUAACAGCAUGGAUGCAUUGGCAGCUGCUGCUUUGUCUUAUGACUAUGAUGAGGGUCCAAAGUUGGUUCAUCGUCUUGACCGAGAGCAGAGUGGCCUUCUCUUGAUGGGGAGAACAAAAGAAAGUGUAGAUCAUCUUCAGUGGCUAUUCAGUGACGUUAAUAAAGCAAAUUCCUCCUGUAAGGCUUGGAAUGAUGCAUGUGAAGCAACAUAUCAAAGGUACUGGGCUUUGGUCAUAGGCUCACCCAGGGAAAAGGAAGGCUUAAUUUGUGCUCCUCUUACAAAGGUGCUUCUUAAUGAUGGGAAGACUGAGAGGGUCAUCUUGGCUCAUCAAUCAGGUUUGGAAGCUUGUCAAGAGGCCAUAACUGAAUACCGUGUUCUUGGUCCAGUGAUAAAUGGGUGCUCAUGGAUUGAACUACGUCCACUUACUAGCCGAAAGCAUCAGCUCCGUGUCCAUUGUGCUGAAGCUCUUGGCACUCCAAUUGUUGGUGAUUAUAAGUAUGGUUGGUUUGUUCACAAGAGAUGGAAGCAAAUGCCUCGGGCUGAUAUUGAGCCAACAACUGGGAAAUCUUACAAGUUGCGAAGGCCAGAAGGGCUGGAUGUUCAGAAGGGAAGUGUUUUGUCUAAAGUCCCUUUGUUACAUCUGCACUGUAGAGAGCUUGUACUUCCCAACAUCGCAAAGUUCCUUCCGGUAUUGAAUCAAAAGUCAGAGAACCUGCAUCCUGCACUUAGCUCGAGGCCAGAUCUCCUUCGGUUUGUGGCAUCAAUGCCAUCCCACAUGAAAAUUAGUUGGAAUCUUAUGUCCUCCUAUCUGGUAUAAGGAGGCAUGAAAGUUUUUGUUCUGUAGAGCAAUGUAUCUUACUAUAGAUCGAUUUUGGGGGUGAACUCCAACUGUUUCUGUAAUUUUAAGUUGAUAUUAUGAUUCUGAAGCUUUGUGAAUUAGAUUUCAAUAGUAGUUUCAUGC